AGGCAGUCCAACUGAAAAGGCAAUUCUUUCUUGGGCUCCCCCGGUGAUGGAGAUGGAGUUGUUAAAGCAGAAUUUCACAAUUUUAUUUACAGAAGCUUUCAAUUCCAAGAAGAAACGGAGCGGUGUUCUGGUCGAGAGGAAAGAAGAUAACACAAUUCAUGUUCAUUGGAAAGGAGCAGCGGAGACAAUUCUAGAAAUGUGCUCAAGCUAUUAUGAUGCCUCUGGAACUAAGAAAUAUCUUACCAGUGAAGAAAGGAUGAAAUUCAAGAAAAUUAUUCAGGGAAUGGCGAUGAGAAGUCUCCGGUGCAUUGCUUUGGCCCACAAACAAAUUAUUGAAGAAGCGGCCGAGGGAGAUUUAAAAGAAAAGAAAAGGCUUGAGAAAGAAAACUUGAUCUUGUUGGCAUUGUUGGGCAUCGAGGACCCAUGUCAGCCUUGGGUGAGGCAAACCGUGGAAGAUUGCAAACAGAACACCGGCGUGCACAUCAAAUUGAUCACCGGUGACAAUGUCUUAACUGCAAAAGCUAUAGCCAUUGAGUGUGGGAUUCUCCAACCGGAUGAGGAAAUGGAAAGUAGUGCUGUCAUGGAAGCCAAGGAAUUCAUCAGGAAAUGUACAUCAGAGCAGGGGAAGGAGAUAAUCGACAAAAUCUGCGUCGUGGCAGGAGCAUCUCCUAGUAAGAAACGUCUUGUGUUGGAAUGCCUGAAAGAUAAAGGACAAGUAGUUGCAGUCGCCGGUGUAAACGAUCCUGAGGUACGCAAUACUGUCAUCUUGGAUGAUAAUUUUGAAAAUGUGGCUACGGAUUUGAGGUGGGGAAGAUGUGUCUAUACCAACAUCAAGAAAUUCAUCCAAUUCCAGCUCACUAUAAACGUUGCUGCUUUAGUCAUCAACAUCGUGGCAGCCGUAUCUUCGAGCAAAGUUCCUUUAGAGACUGUCCAGUUGUUGUGGGUGAACUUGAUCACAGGCCCAUUGGGUGCUCUGGCUCUGGCUACAGAGGAACCCACGGCGGGGCCGAUGGAGAAGCAAUCGGUUGGCCAGGAGCCACUCAUUACCAACAUCAUGUGGAGAAACCUCCUAACUCAAGCUUUUUACCAGAUAGCAGUGCUCCUGACGCUUCAAUGCAAAGGGAAAUUAAUCUUCGGCGUGACAGAGGCCGUAAAUGACACCUUGAUCUUCAACACGUUUGUGCUCUGUCAAGUUUUCAAUGAAUUCAAUGCUAGAAAGCUCAAGAAGAAGAACAUAUUCGAGGGCAUUGAGAAGAACAAAAGGUUUUUGUUAAUUGGUGGGUUAACAAUUUUUCUCCAGGUGGUCAUGGUGGAGUUUUUGAAGCAGUUUGCCAACACAGAGAGGUUGAAUUGGGAACAAUGGGUUGUCUGCCUCACCAUAGCUGCUGUCUCUUGGCCCCUUGGCUUGAUUGUCAAGUGCAUGCCAGUGCCAGAGAGACCAAUUUUCAGCUAUCUUUGGGAAAACAUAUGAGACUUCAAAAAUUCAUUCAUUCUUAAAAUUUUUGCUAGCAUAUAUCUGUACGUCGAUUCAAUUUCAUGCAUAGACUGUGUAGGAAACAUUUCUUACAUGUAUAAAAUAACCUGAUUUUU